AUGUUCGGAAAGGUGACCCUGCACGAGAUGACAGCUGCCUUGGUACGUCGGCGCGCAGCAUGGUUCGGCUCGACACCAGCUGCUGAACGACACCGCACCAUCGUCAUCGUAGGUGCGUCAUUUGCAGGGUAUUAUGCCGCUCGUUUUCUCGCGUUGGGUCUUUCGCCGUAUAGUCGUUACCGUGUCGUCAUCAUCGAGCCAAACAGCCACUUCCAGUUCUCGUGGGUUUUACCGCGCUAUUGCGUUGCUAGUGGCCAUGAACACAAGGCGUUUAUCCCUUAUGGUGGUCAUAUUCGUGGAGCACCGCAGGGGUCGGUUCAAUGGGUACGCGACCGUGUCAUUGAGGCGACCAAGGCUAGUGUCAAGCUUGAAGAGAGUGGGGAAAUGCCCUACGACUAUCUCGUUAUCGCGACCGGUUCGGGUGUCCAGCAUGGCCUUCCCUCACGAGUAAACGACACGGAGAAACUUAGCGGCAUGAAGCAACUUCAAGCCAUGCAGACACGUAUAAAAGAUGCGAACCGAAUCGUUAUUGCCGGUGGGGGAGCGGCUGGCGUUGAACUUGCGGCCGAUGCGAAAGACCUGUACCCGGAGAAGAAGGUUGUCCUCGUGCACUCCAGAAGUACGCUGAUGCACCGAUUUGGUGAAUGUCUACAGGAUGAGGCGUUGAAGUCAGUGAAAGCAUUGGGCGUUGAGAUCAUCUUUAACGACCGUGUGGUGUACGAGGACACCGACACGUGUACCGUCUCGCUAGAAAGUGGGAGAGUCAUGAAGUGUGAUUUCUUUAUCAAUUGCACUGGUCAGAAACCAUCAUCUGAUGCCUUCUUAGGGCUCUCGCCUUCAAUAUUAACGCCGAGCGGUCACAUCAAAAUCAAGCCAACACUACAGAUCGCGGAUGAUAGCCUACCAAACGUAUAUGUUUGUGGCGACGUUGCUGACACAAAAGCACCAAACACAAAUGCGUUCAUAGCAACCUGUCAAGGUGGCAUCGUUGCCGACAACAUCCUGCUAGCAGUAGAGGGUAAAGCGCCCCGACACAAGUACGAGCACAUGUGGUUAGAUAAUUCUAUUAAAUUGACACUGGGAUUGCAUCGUUCGGUAAUGCAUUUCGGCGUGGGGUUGUCGGCGCUAAACUUCGAGUUAAAGGUAAAAGAGGAGCUCAUGGCGGCUGAAUGUUGGACACAUCUCGGAGAAAGGCCAUAUAAAGAUGCCAGUAUGGACAACAGUGCAAAGGAAACCGAGAAUGCAUAG